UCCCCCGUACCAGAAACACGCGUGGCAACAAAUCGAUAUUGCAUGGUGCAGUUUUGUAUGGGAGCGAGCGACAGUAUCGCUUGACGCUCGUCGUUCGGGAUGUCGUGGUAGGGGGCCGGUUGGUUUUAGAAUGGAUGUUUCGUUCGGCGCGCGGCGCCAUUUCGUCACGAAAGAUGUUGGAAGCGUGUGUAUUUGGGGCGUAUUGAUACGAUUAUUGUACUUUUUACGCCAUUUGAAGACUCCAACAGCUGUCUACUAAUAUUGGUACAUAAUCUCCAUUCAAAAUGUCGCUACGGGUCGUUUAUGACAACCAAAUGCUGGUACCUAGAGAAGACAUGGUUCCAGCAUUAAUCAUAAACCCGCACAACCCACCCCCAUGGCUCCAGAACAGCCCCGUGCAACCGCAAAUCAUUUACAUACAACAACAACAACAAAACUACGUGCAGCAAUUACAACAAGUUCAACAAGUCCAACAGAUAGAUCAGAACCAAGUAUACAUCCAACAAUAUGGCUACCAGAACCCACAAAUGUUCAUUCCCAAUUACGAACAAAUACGACCAAUACAAAUAGUUCCUAAUGUUAUGCAAGUACCCGCAAAUGCAGAGUAUUCAAACGAACGAAUAGUCCAAACAAUGCAACAGAGUUUCACACCCACACAGAACGUACAGCAUCAAAAUAUACCAAUACAGAACAUGCAGAAUCAAGUGAACACGAUGGCUAUGCCAAUACAAAACCAACAACCAGAUAGAAUAGAGAAUCCACACACACAGGUGCGAUUUGCAGAUGUUAGAGUACCAAAUGUUAUACAAAUGAGGCCACCAGAACCCGUCAGACAGAUGCAACCAAAUCAAAUACAAGUGCCAAGACCAGAACAGCAAUUCCGACCGAACACACGAAUGAUACGACCGCAAAUACCGACAACUACAGUUCAUAGACGACCAGUCUUGAAUAAUAAUAUAGUUCGAACACCACGCUUUGCGUAUAGACCGAUACAGCCAAGAUUGCGAAGCCAAAUGCCGAUACAAAAGCGAUUUGUGCAAUCGACUAGCAUGCCAAAUGUCAUUAACGUAACAAACAUGGCCCCAACUCCCAUAAACACAAUGGAGAAUGUCAGUAGAAAACGCAAGAGUGAAUCACCUGAUGAAAUACAAAAUAAAUUAAAUAUACUAGCUAUUAAUAAUAGUCCUAUACUAUUAGGACAACUAGCGACUCCCGCUAUACAAAGCGAAAUAAAAACUGAUAAACCUCCCAUACCUGUUGCAGUAACAAAUAAUUCAGUUAGUACUCAAGUACAAAAGAAUGAUCUAGAAGCACCACAAAUAAAUUCAACGCACGGAUUGGUCAAUCAGAUCAAUUUAGCACAAAGCUUACUGGAUAAAGAGAAAUUAGUGAGAAACACUGUAUACACGCAAGCUAGAGGUAGAAUAUUAAACGUUAAGAACGAAAUAAAACCUGAAAAUGUAUCCAUCGACGUACAGACAGACGAAGUAAUGAAAGAAUCAAAAGAAGAACCAAAAGUAGUUGAAAUCGAAGUGAAAGAAAACAAAGAUAUAAAGAAGGUGGAAGAGGUAGAUGAAAAUAUACGAAAUGUUAAUAAAGGAAUCAAUACUAGAAGUGAAACGACGGAAGAUAUGAAAUUAACAGACAAAGAUUAUAUCCUAACGCACGUACUAGAUGGUUUUGUUAUUCAAGAAUCGAAUGUAGCUUUUCCGAUAAGAAAACCACUAGUGGAGAAGACAAUACGCCUAAGCUCAGAGACAAAAGAACUAAUUCCCAAUGUGGAAGACAUAGCAGAUAAAGAUUUAGAAGACCACAUACCUUCUGUGGCCAUAGUAGUGGAUAGAAGUAAGAAAUUAGAAGAGAAAGAGAAAGAAAGUGAUGUUGAUAGAGACAAUCCAUUUAGAAAUCUAACUCCAGCAACCAUCAAAACAUGGACGGUGGAACAAUUAACCAAACAUCUAGACGAAAGUGGCUGGUCAGAUACCUCCGCUGCAUUCUUCGAACAUGAGAUAGAUGGAGAGUCGCUACUCUUAGUGUCAAAAUCGCAAUUACUAACCAUAGGAGUUAAGGAACAACAGGCUGAUAUUAUUAUGGAAAUUAUGAACAGAUAAUAUUAAUUUAAAAAAUGAUUAAAACGGAGAAACUAAUGUUUAAUGUUCUUGAGGCAGCGGCUUUGAAAAAAGCCUAUGUUUUCUACGUCAAAAGCAAUUUGGAUACCUAGGUUAAUAGAUUUUGUUCGAAAGAGCAACACAUAAACUAAUUUUAUAUAGAAUCAGUGUAAAAGAAAGAUAGGAUAUUAAACAUUGUCAAUUUUGGGAGAUUUUGCCUUGGUGGAAGGCAACACUGUACCUAUUAUGAAGAUGUUUUCUGUAUGAAAAGUUAAUUAUUUAAUUGGAUAUGUAUCUAGAGAUAUGUAGAUAAAUGUAUGUAUAUAUAAAUUAGGUUGGUAAUUGGAAAUAAUGGUAACUUUGAUAUGGUUAAAUGAUCAAAAACAUAACGAUUCUAAGUAGCAGGGAGGAGGCAUAUCCUAAUAUUUUGGGCAAAGUUAUGUGGUGAAAAUAAAAAACGAAACAUAAGGUUUUCGAGUAAAAUAUGCAGUGCUUAUUGUAAGGAUUUUAAAAAGGGCAGAUAGAAACGUUGUAAUUACAAUUUUAGACAACUAAGAGCCGAUUUAUCAAUCCUU